AUGCUAAAUUAAGUAUUGUAGGUGAUUGGAGUCACCUAAAAUGAAGAAUAACAAUUGGAAGCAAUCUAUAAUGAUUUUCAAAGACCCCCCAAAAUAGACAUUGCAUUAAUGCAUGCUGCUGCAACCAAAUUUGCUAAAACUGAUCCUAAUAUUGAUCUGGACAAAACCAAUGUUUGUCCAUGUUGUGGAUUGCCUACAGUAAUAGAAGAAUUACCUCUCUGUUCAUCUCGAAAAGAAUUCAGUUUCAAUGGUUCUGGAAUAGCAUUAUAUUUUGAUUUCCUUGUCUUCUCUGGUGUCAUCAUAUUUUAAGCUAUAUGCUGUGGAUAUAACAUAUACAUCAACAUCCAAGGACACAGGUGUGAUAAUCUAGACGAUAGUAGAACAGACAAAUGUUAGUUAAAUUUUUUCAACUAAUUUUCUCUUACCAACGAUGACGGAUAGUUGGACAAUGUUCGAAGCCUAUUGAAUUUCAUAUCUCUUAUUUGCAUCCUAUUCACCACUCUAUUUUACAGGAGACACAUCAAUAAAAUAGCUAUGGAAUUGGAUGACGCAGCCAUCUUGGCGUCUGAUUAUUCAAUCUUUGUAGAAAACAUUCCUAGAGAUGCAAAGGAAAAUGAGCUAAAUCACUUCUUCACACAAACCUUCUAAAAUGAAACUGUGGAAUUGAGGAAAUUGUGCAUUGCAUAUGAAAUACAACCUUACCUAAAGUUGAACAAGUAGAAAUAACUUAAAGAGUCAGUACUAACAAAAGUAUUAGAAUUAGAAGCCGAGGGCAAGUCAAUUCCUAAAUCUAUCCCAUCAAGACUGCAAUUAGAAUCAGAAAUAAGUACAAUAUCUAAAGAAUUGGAUUACAUGGAAGAUCAUAAAGAAAAUCUAUUUGAUUUUAGUGGUAUAUGCGUUAUCUCCUACAAUUAUGAGAGAUAGGCCGAUAAUGUUUGUAAGACAUUUAAAUGUACUAAAUUUUAAAUUCUACUUGAAUAAAUGGGAUUUGAAUAAAAACAUUAUCAAAAGUAUCGCAAUAACAGUUUAUACGUGAAAAAGGCACCAGAACCUGGAGAUAUCAUUUGGGGCAAUCUUGGUAUUACGAUUAGGGAAUAAUAUAAAAGAACUCUAGUAACCAAUGGAAUGACCUUAUUCCUACUUAUCUUGGGAUUCGGAUGUCUCUUUGGAUUAUCUUACAUUUAAUCCAUUAUCAACAACUAUACUGAAGAAGGAUCUUUGAUUGAUUCAAUCAUAGUCAAUAUCAUUGGGAUUGCUUCAUCAAUUCUCAUUUCAGUCAUUAAUAGUGUACUCGCAAAAAUGAUUAUUAAAUUUGUAGAACUUGAAUAACAAGCUACUCGAACGGACUAUAAUGUAAGUGUAGCAUACAAAAUGGGUGUAGCUUAAUUUCUUAAUACUGCCAUUCUCACCUUAAUUAUUAAUCUUGUGAUCAAAGAUAAAUCUGUGACUCUUAAUCAAGCCAUUUGGUAAAUUGGAGGUCUUAAUACUGAUAUCAUGUUGAUUUUCAUUACUAAUUCUAUAGUUCCAUGGUUCACUCUCUUGUUUGAUGUCAAUUACUUUUACAAAUUGUAUGUCAGAAACAAAAUUUUAAAAUAAGGAACUAAUUGUAAAUACACAUAAAAUGAAGCAAAUCAAGCCUUUGAAGGUCCUACAAUCGACUUAUCAUAAAAGUAUGCUCAGCUAUCCAAAACUCUGAUGCUAGCAUUCCUCUAUGCAUCUUUGUUACCUCUUGGUGUAUGUUUUACCUUUGGAUCUAUUGUUUGUAUUUAUUGGACUGAGAAAUUUCUACUAUUGAGAAGAGACUCUAAACCUGCACCAACAGGGAGUGCUAUGGCAGAGGCUAUGAUAGAUUUCUAUAUAGAAUUGAUUCUUAUGAUUUUUUCGUUAGGUUGUACGUUUUGGGAAUGGAUUAAUUAUGGCGAAGUACAUAUCCUUACUUGGGUGCAAUUAGGACUUUCUACUUUACAUUAUUUAGUUCCGAUUCAAUCGAUUUGUGGAUGCAUAGUGGAAUUAGGAAUAGAUAAUGCUACUGUUGAAUCCUAUGAUGAAAAGUUUCUGACUUUCUAUGAUGAUUACGAUCGUCGGAAUCCUGUAACAGCUGAUGCAGCCAAAGAAAAAUGGAUCAAAAUCUAAUCAGAGACCAUUCAAACAGCUUAGCCGAGUUCAAAAAACCUUACCAUCAAAACUUAUCAUCAAAUCAAUCAUACUAGUAUAGGAAGCAUAAAAGUGUACCCAAUAGAAAAUAGAGAUAGCAGAGAGGAAUUGCAACAAUUAAAGAUCUGAUUUUUUAUAUGUUAUGUGCAGAAUUUAAAUUUAUACUUUCUGAUCUUA